AUGCAAACCUACAGUGUGCUCAUAACGAAUGCGCUGGGGUACGCGAUCUCGACCAUCUUCACGAUUCUCUCGGUGCUGCUCUCGGGCUGGGAGAUCUGGACGCACUUGACGUACAACCCGGUCGUGUGCGUGCGCAAGUACAUCCUCCACAUUUUGCUCAUGGUCCCGAUUUUCGAGAAGAUCCGCGACUGCUACGAGGUCUUUGCACUGCACUCGUUCUACUGCUUUCUCGUCGUAUACCUUGGCGGCCAAUCUGUCCUCGCCAACACGCUACGGAUCAAGAAGCAACUUCUCGACGUCAACCUUUGA